AUGAAGAAAACAAAAAAGAAUGUAAAAGCAACAGCUAAACCCGAUAAUAAACGAAAAAAUGAGAAGACAAAAUCAGAUAGGAAAAUUCAGGUGAUUGGAACGAAUACGAAUCAAACAGAUAAAGAACUUGAAAUAAUUCCACAAAUAAAUACGGACAUAAAGGAGAAGAAAAAAGUAAUAACAGUAGAGAAUGAUAUAAUAUCAGAAAUUAAAAAGGAAGAAACAAAAAUAGAAAAAAAUGAAAAUCAUGAAGAAACCAUCAAAUUGGAGUAUUUUACGGAAGAUAAAAAUUUGUUUUUAAUUUUUAAUGAAUUUAAAAAAGGAAAACAGGCAAUCUCACAAAGUUUUGUUGAUGUUGGAAUUUAUGUAAAUGAAAUUGGAAAGCGUUUUGAAUUUUUGGAGAAAUUAAAGAAUUUUUAUAAAAAUAUUUUUGAUAUUUAUUUUGAAAAAGAAAAAAUAAAUAUUUUUAAUAAAUUGGAAGAAAAAUGGAAAAAAAUAAAAAAUAAAUUAAUUUUAAAAAAUAAAGAAAAUAAAAAAAUAGAAAAAGAAUUGGAAUAUUUAUUAAUUCAAAUAUUAAUAGAAAUUGAAGGAAAAAUUAUUUUUGAAGAAAUGAAUAAAAAAGAAAUUUUUGGAAAUUUUAAAAUAAUUGAAAAAAUUAAAGAAAAAUUAAAAUUUCAAAAAAUUUGUAAUUAUUUUGUAAAAGAAACCCAAAUAAUUUGGGAGGGAAUGUUCGGCUUAAAUCAGAGACAUUUUGUCUAUAAAAUGUUUAAUUUGGAGGAAGAUGAUGAAAAGGAGUUGUUGAUAUUAAAUGUACAGAAACGAGUUGAAGAAAUUAAACAAAUGAAGGAAUUAAUUGAAUUAGGUUUGGACUUUUUUGAAAUUAAAAUUGAAAAUAUUUGGUUGACACAGUUGGAAUAUUUUUUGUUUUAA